AUGGAGAAAGGCUUAUUGUUACUAGAUGGUCGGAUAGUGGCUGUUGUGUAUUUCAGAGCCGGGUAUGCACUGACUGAUUACCCUUCGGAAGCGGAAUGGAGAGCGAGGCUUCUGAUGGAACAAUCAUCUGCAGUAAAGUGCCCUUCGAUAGCCUACCAUUUAGUAGGAACAAAAAAGAUCCAGCAAGAACUAGCAAAACCUAAUGUUCUUGAAAGAUUUCUUGACAACAAGGAGGACAUUGCCAAACUACGCAAGAGUUUUGCAGGGUUAUGGAGCUUGGAUAAUGAAGAGAUUGUGAAAUCUGCAAUAGAGAAACCUGAUCUGUUUGUCUUGAAGCCUCAGCGAGAAGGCGGAGGGAACAACAUAUAUGGUCAUGAUUUACGAGACACGCUGAUCAAACUCCAGAAGGAACAGGGGGAGUCACUUGCAGCGUACAUACUGAUGCAGAGGAUUUUUCCAAAAGCCUCUCUUACUGCUCUAGUUAGGGAUGGCGAUUGGUUUGAGGACCUUACAAUCUCAGAGCUAGGAAUAUAUGGAGCCUACUUGCGGAACAAAGAUAAGGUGAUCUUGAAUAAUCAGUCUGGCUACUUGAUGCGCACCAAAGUUUCUUCUUCAAAUGAGGGUGGCGUUGCUGCAGGAUUUGCUGUUUUGGACAGUAUGCUCCUCACUGAUGAGGUGAUUAUCACUCAUAAAAAAAGCUUAUUCCUGAACCUUGAUCAUUUGAUUACGUGA